AUAAUUGUGAUUAUUUCUAUCUAACAUUUAAAGUAAUCUUUUAACCGUAUCCGCAAAACCGUGUGAGCAGCCGAAUUUUAGCAAAUAUUGACACUAUGCGCGCUGUUAUACAAAGAUGCAAAAAUGCUAGUGUUGCAGUUGAUGAUGAAAUUAUCAGCAGUAUAGGCAAUGGGAUCUGCGUUUUCAUUGGAAUUUCGAGGAAUGAUACAAAAAAAGACAUCGAAUAUAUGGUUAGAAAAUUACUAAAUUUAAGAUUAUUCUCGGAUGAAAAUGGGAAAAGAUGGUCUCAUAGUAUAAAAGAUAAACAAUAUGAAAUUUUACUUGUAAGUCAGUUCACUCUUCAUUGCACCUUGAAAGGGAAUAAACCAGACUUUCGCUUAUCUAUGGGUCCUGAAACUUCAGAAGAGUAUUAUUCUGAUCUUGUUAAAUCUAUGAAACAGGCUUACUGUGAAGAACAUGUAAAAGAUGGGAAAUUUGGAGCAUAUAUGCAAGUAAAUAUCCAGAAUGAUGGGCCAGUUACAAUAAACUUAGAAUCUCCUAGUGAAUCUAAGAAGGAACAAGCCCCUUCAGAAAAUGAAGUAGCAGAAUAGGAAUAACAUCAGACUUAAUUUAAUAUUAUGUAUUGUAAAACUGCGUAUGUAAAUAAAUAAACUGCAUUUUUCUCA